CACAUGCAUUGAGGGAAACACACUUGCACACACACACAUUCACAGAGUAGUAGCAGCCGCAUUUUCACAGCCCGCUCUUCAGACUGACAGCAGCAUACGGAGUUGAGAGCCAGCACGACAGAGCGAAGCAGAAAGAGGGCUGGAAACAAGAAGAGAGGAAAGGAGAGGAGAAUUACACGGGAUUUGCCUUUUUUUUUCUCUUCUAGCUUUUUGGGAGCCAUAAAAAGAAUCUCCUCUGUGCUCCUCUUGAACUGAACUUGCACUGCUGCAGGACCUGCACCCUGCUAUGGCAGCCCUGAUGGGACAUGGGAACACUGUUUCCCUCUCAUCUUCCUCCUCUCAUCAUUGGACUAUCUUCCUCUGGGGUCUGUUAACCCUAUUAAUUCAAGUCCAGUGCUUUAACCUGGAUACUACUCACACACUGCAUAAGUUAGGAGACCGUGGCACUUUUUUUGGUUUCUCUCUUGCACUUCACCAACAGCUUACUCCAGAACCUCAGAGCUGGAUCCUGGUGGGGGCGCCACAGGCAGCAGGUCAGGGCCUUUUGAGAGGCAGUCGACCGGGAGCCUUAUUCAGGUGUCCAAUCACACCAGAGGAGUAUGACUGUGAGAGGGUUGACAUUGAUGGAGAUGUGAAUCUUGACAGAGAGAGAAAAGACAACCAGUGGCUGGGAGUGACAGUCAAGAGUCAGGGGAUUGGAGGCAAGGUGGUGACUUGCGCUCACCUGUACGAGCUGAGACAACGUGUGAGUCAACCUUCAGAGACUCGUGACCCCAUUGGGCGCUGCUACGUCCUAAGUGAAGACCUGACAGAGCGAGAUGACCUGGAUGGAGGGGAAUGGAAGUUCUGUGAGGGUCGACCGCAGGGACAUGAACAGUUUGGGUUCUGUCAGCAGGGCCUGUCUGUCAGUUUUACUCCAGACAACAACUACAUACUGUUUGGAGCUCCAGGAACAUACAACUGGAAAGGUGAGAUGCGGGUCCAGCUCCUAAACCAGACUCUGCUUGACCUCAGUUUCUUUGAUGAUGGACCGUAUGAGGUGGCAGAUCAGAAACAACUUAAUGCCCAGCUCAUCCCUGUGCCCUACCACAGUUACCUGGGGUUUUCUGUAGACUCUGCCAUGGGGAUAAUGAACCUCGGGGAGCUGACCUUUGUGGCUGGUGCACCUCGGGCCAAUCACACAGGGGCUGUAGUGUUGCUGAAGAAGGACAAUGUAUACAGACUGGUGCCUGAGCACAUCUUCUGGGGAGAGGAACUGGCAUCCUCAUUUGGAUACUCGGUGGCCACCACGGAUCUCAAUAAUGAUGGCUGGACAGACCUAGUUGUUGGAGCUCCUAACUUUUUUGAUCGUAAAGCAGAGAUCGGUGGAGCUGUUUACGUGUAUUUAAACCCAUUUGGUCACUGGGAUGAUCAGGCUCGACCCAUCCGUCUCAAUGGGACAUAUGACUCCAUGUUUGGGAUGACAGUCAGCAGCAUUGGAGAUCUGGACCAGGAUGGAUACGGAGAUAUUGCUGUAGGAGCCCCAUUUGAUGGAGAUGGAAAAGUUUUCAUCUACAGAGGCUCAGAUGCUGGAAUUGAGACUAAACCUGCUCAGGUUUUAGAUGGCCGUGAUUUUGAUGUGCAUCGUUUUGGAUACUCCAUCUCGGGUGGUUUGGAUGUUGACAACAACCAGUAUCCAGAUGUGGCAGUUGGCUCUCUUAAUGAUUCAGUAGUUAUUUUCAGGUCUCGGCCGGUCAUCCAUGUGGUCAGAGAGAUAUCAAUUGACCCUCAAUACAUUGAUUUGGAGAACUUCAACUGCAAGGGUGGGGAGGGAGUCUGUGUGGAGGUCAAAGCCUGCUUCACCUUCACAGCCCACCCAGUGCACUACUCACCACACAUUACCCUUGUAGUGCACUUUGAAGCUGACACAGAGCGCAGGAAACUGGGUCUCCCACACCGUGUUAACUUCCUGGGCCGUAGCUCACUGGAGCCUGAGUACACACAGACUGAAGAAGUGGAGCUGCAUCGGCAGCGCCAUGCUGCAUGCACUACUGCUGUCUUUCAGCUCCAUGACAACAUCCGAGACAAACUGCGUCCCAUAUCACUGGCGAUAACUCAUACCAUCAAGCCUGUGCCACCACACAGACACUCUGCCAAGAGACUAGAGAGGCUGCCACCAAUACUGAAUAUCUCUCCCUCAAAUACACUGUACUCUGAGGUGAACUUCCUGAGAGAAGGAUGUGGCAGCGACAAAAUCUGCCAGAGCAACCUGAAGCUACGCUACCAGUUUGGAACUCGACUUUUGAACUCCGACCUCUUCACCCCUCUGCCAAAAAAUGAGGAUAAUGUGCAGGUGUUUUCUCUGAAAGACCAGAAGCUAGUGGUGCUUCAAAUCACCGUCACCAACAUGCCCUCUGAUCCUCUUUACCCUGAGGAGGAUGGUGAUGAUGCUCAUGCUGCUCAGCUGCUGAUCUCUCUUCCAAACACACUGUCAUAUGCUGGCUCUAGGAUCCCAUCACAGAUGAGAUGCCAAGCAAACCAAAACGGAUCCCAAAUUGAAUGUGAUUUGGGAAACCCUGUCAAACGGAAUACAAAGCUGAAGUUCUCCAUAAACUUGAGCACAUCUAACAUUACCAUCGAGACCACUGAGUUGACAGCAGAUCUCCUUCUGACAACUAUCAGUGAGCAGCCUGACUUGCAGCCCAUCAAAUCUUAUGCUAAAGUUGUGAUAGAGCUCCCUCUCUCUGUCAGUGGACUGGCUCGACCUCAUCAGCUGUUCUUCAGUGGGACUGUGAGGGGAGAGAGUGCCAUGACAAGCCUGGAGGACAUAGGCAGCCCUGUGGACUUUGAGUUUGUGGUUGCAAAUCCUGGGAAAGCUCUCCAGACAUUUGGUUCUGCUUUCCUCAACAUCAUGUGGCCUUAUGGGCUGGCCAAUGAGAAAUGGCUUCUGUAUCCUGCUAGCUUGACAUUUGAGGGACACCCAGACACACACUGCACCCCCAUGGGAGCCUUGAAUCCUCUGAAGUUACAGAGAUCCUCACCCACGGAGCUUCCACCUGCUAACCAGGUGCUGGGGAGAACACGUCGAUCUCAUUCGGAGGAAGAAGGACAGGUGAUGACCAAAGGUAGCGUGGGACCAAACACACCAGCCGUGGCAGCUUCAGAGAGACGAAAAUCACUUAAACUGGAUUGCCUGCUUGGGUCGGCACGCUGUCGGCUGUUCCAGUGUCCUCUCCACAGCUUCUCUGGUCAGGCUGUCCUCAAGAUCCAUGCCAGGUUAUGGAACAGCAGUUUCAUUGAGGAGUUUCCAACAGUUAGUGCUCUUGAGCUGCUGGUCAGAGCCAACAUCACUGUGAAGUCCAGCGUCAAGCACCUGGUCCUGAGAGAUGCAGCAGCACAGAUUCCAGUUAUGAUCUAUCCUGAGCCUGGUCUUGCUGACCAGUACUGGAUCCCCUGGUGGAUCAUCCUUAUAGCCAUCCUGGCCGGCAUCCUGCUGCUGACUCUACUCGUCUGCAUAUUGUGGAAGUGUGGCUUCUUCCAACGUGCCCACUACAAAGACAAGCUGCCUCAGUACCAUGCGGUAAAGAUUCCUCGUGAGGACCGGCCACAGUUCCAGACUGAGAAGUCAGGAAAUGUCCAUAAAAAGGAAUGGGCCACACACUGGAGUGAUGGGACCUUGUAACUUGCUUUGAAGCACUGCCUAACUUAAACAAUUCACCAUGUGUGACACUCAUUCUGUCUUUGCAUUGGAACUCGGUAAAUGUGCACAAAGACUGGGAUCAUAACAUUUUGUGCACACUUCAUGGUCAGCAGAUGCAUAUUGGUGGCCUGUGACUGGGAUCCGUAAUACCUUCUGACAGCCGGCCCCAGUCUGCUUAUGCUUUGUGUCUACUGGGUUUCAUAUAUGUACGGUAAAUACCGAGGCCAAAAACAAAAUUAGAAUCAGUAUAGCUAAUCGAUAUCUUUCACAUACAGCACAGGGAGUUUUGACUCUUCGUCUGUAAUCAGUUUUGACAGGCAGAUCAAAAAGGGACUGAAAAUCCAAGGCAUGCUAUGAAUGCACAAACUUACAAUACAUUACUAGAUGCAUACAGACAUACUGGUUUACAUAGACAGUGUGUGACAGACUACUUUUUGCCUUAACUACUGUGAGACUGAUGGCUGGUUUGGGGAGAAAAUGAAAAAAAGAAAAAAAAAAAAAAAGAAAACCACACACACACACACACACACACACACA